AUUACACAAAUCAAAUAAUUUCCCUAUUUUUUAUUUAUCGUUAAUUUCCCUAAAUUUCCGAUCGCCGAUCGACGGCAAUUGUCGAGCUUUUCGCCGGCGAUUCAUUCGGUUAUUUUACUGUAGUGUAACCGUUAGACACAAAAUCCGUGAAGGGUUUCGUACUUCUUCGCUUGGAUUUGGCCAAGGGUUUGAUAUUCUCGAGCUUGGAGAGGAAGAACUUGCAGAGAUCUAUUCGUGGCCUUGUUUCGAUUUCUGGGCAAAUAUGAAUAAUGAUCCUCUGGUGCUUAUAAAUGGAAAGUCUUGUGGUUUUGAGCUUUCCUGAACAGUCCUAGUUUUCUUUUCGGGGAGGUUGAUCGUGAACUGAUCUGAUUCUACAUGGACCCAUAUGAAGAGGAAGCUUUCAGAGCCAAACAGAUGGCUGAGAGGAGAUUCAUAGAAAAAGAUUUUAAUGGCGCAAGGAAUUAUGCAUUGAAGGCUAGGUCUCUGUUUCCCGGCUUGGAGGGCAUAUCACAGAUGGUGGAGACUUUCGAUGUUCAUAUUGCUUCGCAGAGUAGACGCGAUAGUGAAAUUGAUUAUUACGCAAUUCUUGGACUGAAACCCUCAGCUGGCAAAAGGGAAGUGAAGAAACAGCACAAGAAGAUGGCCAUAAUGCUCCAUCCCGAUAAGAACAAAUGUAUCGGAGCUGAUGGGGCGUUCCAACUCAUAUCUGAUGCGUGGACUUUCUUGUCAAACGAGUUCGAGAAAAGCUCUUUUUAUUACAAAAGAAAGAAACACAUCGACUCCAUGGCUGUUCAAAAGAAGAGCUCAGAGUAUGUGUCUGGGGUUGCGGGAUUCGAUUUCUGUCCACCAGCCUCGGAAAGAGUUGACACUUUCUGGACCGUAUGCACAUCUUGCAAAGUUCAGUAUGAGUAUCUUCGGAAGUAUGUGAAUAAGAGGCUUUCAUGUAAGAACUGCCGUGGAGUCUUUAUCGCGGUGGAGACUGGGCCUGCUCCUGUUAGUGCCUCCUUUCACUAUGCGGCUUCAUCUCAUACACCAAGUAAUGGCUAUGGAGGUCAUGGUUAUGAUGAUGUCACACACAUGCCUACCAGUUCCACGUAUUUCGGAGGUCACAAUCCUGGACAUGGAUAUGAUUAUGUUAUGAACGGGUCCUUUGGAUGGAAUUCAUACACGGGAACCACUCCAAGGAAUAUGGAUUCUAGCGGUAUGCCCUCAAUGCUGGAUGGAUAUGGCUAUAAACUCCGCAAUGGAGUUGUCUCUAGAGGAAGCAGAAAGGUCAAGGAGGGUUCUAACGGGACGUUUUCAAUGAAAAGCACGGCUGCUGCUCUGAUGAUACAUUCAUCUGAUGGGUUUACUGAUGCUUCAGCAAUUAAGGUCAGCAGAACUGAGAAGAAGAGAAAGCUUGUUUCGGGUUUUUCUGGCAAUGGAUAUGAUGAAUACAGUUCGAAAUCUACUUCAGAAUUAAGAACAACAAAUACUGAUAGGCACGUGGGACAAGAUUUUAAACUCCCCGGCCAAAGAUAUUUUUCAACCAGACGAUGGUCUGCUGCACCAUCAGCACUGGAUACCCGUGAGCUAUUGAUUAACAAAGCAAGGGCAGAUAUUCGGCAGAAACUAGACGUCACGAGAUUGGCUUCGGAGGCAGUAACUACAGAAAACAGGACACUGCUUGAUGAAAAAGGUAUUGUGUCCUCCAAGGUUGGAGAUGCUUCCGCGGCUGGAAAUUCUGUUUCCCCGGGUCAGCAAUUAGUACGGAAAACAAACGGGCCAGUAACAAUGACAGUUCCAGACCCUGACUUCCAUGAUUUUGAUAAAAACAGGUCAGAGGAUUGCUUCCAGCCUAGACAAAUAUGGGCAAUUUAUGAUGAAGAUGACGGCAUGCCACGCUUGUACUGCAUGGUUCGGGAGGUAUUCUCGGUUCAACCGUUCAAGAUCGACAUAGGCUACUUGAGUUCCAAAACCGAUGCCGAGUUUGGGUCCACGAAAUGGGUGGAUUACGGUUUUGUAAAAUCUUGUGGGCAUUUCAGGAUACGAAACACUGACAUAGUUGAACAAGUGAACAUCUUUUCCCAUCUCUUGAAAGGCAAGAAGACGGGGAGGGGUGGUUGUGUGAGAAUAUUCCCCAAAACCGGAGAGAUAUGGGCCGUGUACAGGGACUGGUCCCCUAACUGGAACAGAUCAACCCCGGACGAAGUGAGGCACCGAUACGAAAUGGUUGAGAUUCUUGAUGACUACACCGAAGAGUUGGGGGUGUGCGUUGUUCCGCUGUACAGACUGGAAGGAUUCAAGACUGUAUACCGAAGAAGCAAGAGCAAGAGAUGGAUACCGAGGAGGGAGAUGUUGCGGUUUUCGCAUCAAGUGCCAUCAUGGUUUCUAAGACAAGAGAGUAGCGGAUUGCCCGGAAACUGCUGGGACUUGGACCCGGCUGCGAUACCCGAAGAGUUGCUCGAGACGGGAGGUUUAACCGAUCAACCGUUGUUCCUGCAGGAGGGAGAGACAGAGAUUCAGGUUUGAGGCUUACAGUUACAGAAGAUUGGUUAAAAACACACACAUGUAACGGUUAAUGUGAAAGGAAACACAAGCUUCUGUCGUAUCCACUGGAGCUUUUGUGUUUUUGUUCGUUCUUGUUCUUGUUAAACCACCUUGUGGUGA